GUCGCGGACCCGUCGCGUGCGAGGGCCGGAUCGAUCGGCUCGGCCACGAGCGCCCUCGACCGCCAGCGGGAGGUGUGGGUGCACGUGUACGACAUGGGCCCCGUGACCGGACGCCUCAACCAGUUUGUUCUGCGGGGCGCCAAUCUGGGCGCGUUCCACGUGGGCGUUGAAGUGCUCGGAGAGGAGUGGUCGUUCCAGGGCUUCCACGACGCCUGGGACGACGACACGCUGUGCGGCGUGCUGAGGAACCCACCGCGCAACCACCCAGACUACCUCUACCGCGAGUCGGUCUGCCUGGGGAUGACGCCCCUCGACGAGGACGGCGACACGCAGCUCGACGCCCAGCAGCACAAGAGAACGCAGCAGCACGUCUCCAGCACCGAGGCGAGGGACGGGCAGUGUCGCGAGCAGCGCGCCUGUGGGCAGGACGGCUGCGACCAGGGCCCUGCGGGCAGGCGGAUAGUUAAGUGGUGCGCCGGCCCUGCGUACCUGCUGGCGCUGGGCAGCGGGGUCCCCAUCUUUGAACCGCCGAUGGUCCCCUCGCGCUCCGACCCCACGCUCCUGUCGUCGUACGGCGACGAAGUGGCGGAGCUGGCGAGGCUGCACCGCGGCCGCACGCCCGCGGCCUUCGCCGCGCUGGUGCGGCCCCUGCCGCGCCCCGCGGCCCCGACGGGCGCCGACUUGGCCACUGGAGCGAUGGCCCUGGACGCCGCGCCCCCCGGCGCGGCGCUGCAGCUCGGCGAGUGGGAGUUCUGCGGGGGCACGACGGUCAUCUACCCCGCCGCCGGCACGCUGUCGAACAGCAUCGUCAUCGUCGGCCGCGCGGCCCGGAUGGGCCCAGGGGCGGGGGCGAAGGCUGCGAUCAUGGUCGCGGCGAAGGUCGUGGCCCUCGACAGCGGCAGCAGGGAGGAGCUGGACGCGAUACGGCGGGAGCACGAGGUCCUGAGGGAGAUAAGCAACGCCCACCCCCACGUCCUCCCCAUGCUGGACUUCGUGGAGGCCCCGACGGGGCUGGUCCUGCUGACGCGCUUCGCUCCUAGGGGCGACCUGUCGGCCUGCCUCCCGCGGAACACGUGCGCCGAGGAGGCGGAGCUGCGGAAGCUGAGCCGGCAGCUGCUCUCGGCGCUCGCCUUCCUGCACGGGCGCUCCAUCAUUCAUGGUGACGUGAAGCCCAGCAACGUCCUCCUGACCGAGCUGGGGGGCGCGAUGGCGGCCCAGCUCGCGGAUUUUGGCCUCUCGCGGCGCGUGCCCCUCGGGCAGACGUUCGUCCACCUCUGCCAGGUCCAGGGCUCGCACGGCUUCAUCCCGGCGGAGGUGAUGCACAGGCAGGAGCUGCACUUCGCGUCUGACCUCUUCGCCCUCGGCGUCCUCGUGUUCCGCUACCUCGGCGGAUACGACCCGUUCUACCCGGCCUCCAAGGUCUGCCGUCAAGACGAGCGGGCCUCGAGGGGAGGGAGCCUAUAG